CUUUUUUUCUUUUCUAUCCUAAACUCCCAAACCAGCUGUAGAGGAUGCCAGUUAAACCCCAGACAAAUUAAUGAAACAUAAACAAGUAAAUAAUUGUUAGAUUUUAUCCUACUAAAUGUCAGUCCCUCUUCUCCGAAACGCAAUAUUGCUUUCCGUUACGGCGCGAAUCGUCUCCUUCAGCAACAGAACAAUCCGAAAGAUGUCCCAAACCCGAUUUUCAUCCAAAAUCCAGAUUCCAACUUCAAACCAUAAGAAAAACCCAGGUGAUGAAAGCUGCAAUGGAGGUUCUGCUGCAAAUAUUCGAGUCUUUGUUAGGAAAAAGAGAGCAAAAAAGAGUCUAGAAAUUAGUCCAAAGGAGGAGGUUAAGGCUGAAGAACCUCGGCAGCAGCAGCUUUGCAGUCUACCUGACAUUGAAGAUUUUGCAUAUGGAAAGAAAUGUGGCUAUUCCUACUCAACUCAAGCUCCUGAAAAUUGGGAAAAAGUUCUUGAAAGAAUUCGCAGAAUGAGAUCUUCAGAAGAUGCACCAGUUGAUUCCAUGGGUUGUGAGAAAGCUGGAAAUUCUCUUCCUCCUAAGGAACGAAGAUUUGCAGUUUUGGUAUCUUCACUCUUAUCAAGUCAAACCAAAGAUCACGUUACCCAUGGUGCCAUUCAGCGGCUCUUACAGAAUGGGCUGCUUAAUCCAGAUGCCUUAGACAACACUGAAGAAGCUACAAUUAAGAACUUGAUUUACCCAGUUGGUUUUUACACAAGAAAGGCUUCCAACUUAAAGAAGAUAGCGAAAAUUUGUCAACUGAAGUAUGAUGGGGACAUUCCAAGCACAUUGGAGGACUUGCUUCAACUCCCAGGGAUUGGUCCUAAGAUGGCUCAUCUGGUUAUGAAUGUUGGUUGGGAGAUUGUUCUAGGUAUCUGUGUGGAUACUCAUGUGCAUCGAAUCUGUAAUCGUCUUGCUUGGGUAUCACGCCCUGGCACAAAGCAGAAAACUUCUUCGCCUGAGGAGACAAGGGAGUCCUUGCAACUGUGGCUUCCAAAAGAAGAAUGGGUUGCAAUUAAUCCACUUCUGGUUGGCUUCGGACAGACAAUAUGUACUCCUUUGAGACCUCAUUGUGGGACAUGCACAGUCAGCAAUUUCUGCCCAUCUGCAUUUAAAGAGAUCUCAAGCCCAUCGUCCACACCCAAGAAACCUCGUUCAAAUUGAUUUGAAAAGUAGGGGGCAAGUUUAAAAUUGUCAUUCUAGUGAAGAUUUAUAAUUUUGCUUCCAAGGCACUAGAUGGCUAGAACUCCACUUUCUGCAGCAUGGUCCUGCUUUGCCAAUUGUGCAGAAGAUACGCUCUACGUAUUGCCUGUCCGGUUAGAAGAAACCAAGUGGUCCGUCAUUGAAGUAGUAGGUAGUGAAGUAUUGAAUCUUUUUGAUUUCUUGGGAAAACCUUUUUGACGUUUGUAUGUAUCUCCGAACAUUUAUAGUCCAAAUAGUGAAAAGUUCAAGAUUGAGUUAAAUCCUCUUCCCUGAGCUAAAUUUGUUGAUAUUUGACAGGGGAACGGGGACUUGUAAAUGAAGACAAAAACUAGGACUGUUCUUUUGUGAAUCAGUUUGCUGUUUACAUUUGAACUUGACCUUCAAAGUCUUACUUUA